GAGAACUAAAGAGCUGGGGCCAGAGGCACCAUCCUCCUACCCCAGGGCUAGAGGUGAUUACCCAAAGGAAGCUAUUGCUACAAAAAUUCACAGGCAGAGGAGAAAGAAUCCAACCACAGAGAACUAUUGUGGGAAUAGAGAAGAACGGGUUUCAUCUUUAGAGGAGCAUACUGAAGCAAAAAAUCCCCUCCUGGCCCAAAGAAUAAGGUCAAAUGGUCACCUGCCCAAAACGAAUUCACAGAAGAACUUAAAAAAGACUUUGAAAAUCCAAGGAGAGGCCGGUCUGGCCAGCAGACUCCUGGACUCGUCUGCAUAGAGUCGCAGAAGCGGAAGCUGAGCGGGGCAGCGGCGAUGGCGGAGAGUCCGACUGCGGAGGUGGCGACUGCCGGGGCCAAGGGUGAGGGGACCUCCGGUGAGGGGGCUGAGGUCUCCGGCGCCGGCGGCAGCAGCAGCGGCGGCUUCGGGCCACCUGUCCUACCAGACGUGUGGGCGGGGGCGGCGGAGGCGGGCGACUCGGGUGGGCCGCGGGGACACCUUGCCCAGCUGCCCGGGCUCCCGACCUCGGCCUCUGCCUGCCUGGCCGUGCCGCGCAGUCCCCCAUUCUCCUGGGACCCGACGCGGAGCUCGGACUGGGACAGCGAGCGCCCUGGGCCGCAGUGCCUGCUGCGGAUCAAGCGGGACAUCACGGCCCUCUACAAGGAGCCGCCCCCCGGCGUGUUUGUUGUGCCGGAUCCCCUGGACAUGACUAAGAUCCAUGCAUUGAUCAUGGGCCCGUUUGACACUCCUUAUGAAGGGGGCUUCUUCUUGUUCCUGUUUCGCUGUCCUCCAGAUUAUCCUAUCCGCCCACCGAGGGUCAAACUGAUGACCACGGGCAAUAACAGGGUGAGUUUUAACCCCAACUUCUACAGCAGUGGGAAAGUCUGCCUGAGUAUUCUGGGGACUUGGACUGGCCCUGCCUGGAGCCCAGCCCAGAGCAUCUCCUCCGUGCUAAUCUCCAUCCAGUCACUAAUGAAUGAAAACCCCUACUACAAUGAGCCUGGCUUUGAGGAGGAGAAACACCCAGGAGACAGCGAAAAGUACAAUGAGUAUAUCCGACAUGAGACCAUCCGAGUGGCAGUCUGUGACAUGCUGGAGGGAAAAUGUCCCUGCCCUGAGCCCCUGAGGGGUGUGAUGGAGAAGUCCUUUCUGCAGUAUUAUGACAUCUAUGAGGUGGCGUGCAAAGACCGACUAUACCUCCAAGACCGUGAAAUGCAGGAACCUUUUGGGGAGAAUCGAGGUACCUUUGACUAUGAGUUUCUCUUGAUUCGCCUCGGGGCAAUUCGUCUGAAGGUGCAGGAGAAACCUCAGCAGGACAGUGCUGAAAUAGACUCAGAUAGCACUUCAUCUAAAACAGAGACAGAUACGCAGGGGAGCUCAAGGGCCUAGAUGCCCCCACCCCAUCCCUGGGAUUGAGUGGCACCACAUCUCCCUCCAGCCCCAACAGCAUCCUGCCUGAGGCAAGAACCAAGGAUAGGUAGACCCCAGGGUGGGAGUGGGCUAUUGUUUGCAACCUUCUUAGCAUCCUAGUACCAACGACCAUUUUCAUCCCAUGCCUAGGGCCAAUCCCAAGGGACUGAUACAGGAGAGUCUGGAGCAUGGUUCUUUGGUGAAAACCUGAGGGACAUUUCCACUGGUGCAGCUUGUUGGGGAUAGAAGGCAAAGACUGCAACUCCCAGAGGGGGUUGCUCAGAACAGUCUAUGGGGAUACCAGGAGGCAGGGCAGGGUCAAGGGAGUGGGGAGGGAGGGAAAUGGGGAGGGUGUCACAUGACCUGUCCAGGUGGUUGGCUGGGUGUCUGUCUUUCAGUCUUGAAGCUGGGCCUUCCCCUUGCUUACCCAGCCCAGCCUAGUGUAACCUCCUGGAGCUCAUUUCCUGUCUGCCACCAUAAUUUUGUUUUCCCUAAUAUAUAGUCACUGUUCUAGACAGACCAAAGAGAAGGAACAGGGGUGGAGUCUGGGCUACUGGUCAGAAAGCUUUACCUAGCACCCGCCCAAAAAAAAAAAUCAAAUGAGAGAGAUGGAGGAAAAAAGCAAAAAAAAAAA